GAAGACGAGCGCGCCAAGAUUUCGUCGGCUAGGGUUUCCUCUCCUCUCCUCUCUCUCUACUGCGCUCGCCUCACCGGCCACCGGCAGCAGCGGGAGGGAUCCAUGGCGGGGGAGGCCAAGGAGCCGCAGGCGGACGGGUCCAAGCCCAAGGUCAAGAAGCCUAAGGCUGCGGCUGCCGUCGCCCAGGAUGGGGAUGGGGCCAAGGUCAAGGCCAAGAAGCCUAAGGCCGGCCAGGAGGGGGAUGGGGCCAAGGCCAAGAAGGCUGCGGCUGCGGUCGCGGCCGCGCCGGUGGCGGCGAUGACGGAGGCGGAGGUGGAGGAGCUGCCCAAGGCCAUCGUGCGGCGGCUGGUCAAGGACAAGCUGGCCCGCGUCGCGUCCGGCGGCGAGGGGGCAGAGGGUGGGGCGGAGGUCAUCGUCAACAAGGAUGCCAUGGCCGCCUUCGCCGAGAGCGCCCGCAUCUUCAUCCACUACCUCUCCGCCACGGCCAACGACGUGUGCAAGGACGGGAAGAGGCAGACGAUCAACGCCGAGGACGUCUUCAAGGCGCUCGACGAGAUUGAGUUCCCCGAGUUUGUAGAGCCCCUGAGGACUGCACUGGAAGAGUUCAGAAGCAAAAACGCAGCCCGGAAGCCAGCAUCAGGCAAGAAGCAAGCUGAAAAGAAGAGGAAACUGGAUAAAGAGGCAGUGCCUGAAGAGGAAAAUGGAGCGGCCGAUGAAACCAACGCGGCCGAGGAUUAGUUUUUCCGACCUUGUGCUAGGCUGAAUCUGAAUCACAAUAGUAGGCGUACUUCCUUAGCAGUACGCCCCUUGUGCUCUGUUUCGCGGUAUCUCUAGAUGUAGAACUGUCGUGUACUUGAUAUCAUGAUGUAUGGCUCUGUUUCUGUUCCAAACAUUGUCAUCUAUGCUAGCUUAAAUUACGAAUCUCGUCUUCAUGCUAUUUAAA